UGGCCUAAACGGACGAUCCGAAGAACCCCCACCCUUUUUCUCUCUCUCCCUCUGCCCCUCUCUCUCUCUCUCUCUCCCCUUCAACUACUCAUCUCUUCUCUCUGCAGAAGACUCAGUAAAAAUCAUAGUACUACCAAAACUCUUUAAAAUCAGAAAUUGGGUGUUUGAUUUUCUUUUGAUUCCUAAGCUGACAUCUUUGUUUGAGUUUGAGCAGCUCUAAUCACUCAUCAAUGGACAACAUUUAAGCUCUAUCAGAACCCAUAUCGGGGAAGGAGGAUCAAAGGAACAGACUAGGAGAAAGGAGAAAUCUUUGGUCCGGCUGCGUAUAGCUUCUUGAAGAUCAUGGCGGUGGUUGAGAAUGGGAACGACGGGAACGUGCAGAACGACGUCGUUGCAGCCGAUCGUGACCAGUCAACAAAGAAUAGCAGUCCGCAGAGUGAUCAGAGUUUCCAGACGGUGCAGAAUGGCAAUGGAGUGCUGGGCGAUCAGCGGUCAAAAGUGAACGGUUUGGAUGCGAGGAGAAAUUUACAGAUUGACGAGGAGGAUGGCGAUGGUCGGGGAGGGUUUAAGAGCGAGAAAGAGAUGAGGGAUUUGGAGGAAAUGCUCUCGAAAUUGAAUCCCAUGGCGGAGGAGUUUGUGCCGCCGUCUCUCAGCAUCGGCGGCAGCCUUAGAGUGGUGGCGCUGCCGCCUGGUGGAGGACACUUUGCUAACAAUUUUGUAUUGCAGCAGCCUAAUUCCGGCCUUCGUAAUGGAAACUCCAUUAGAAGGAAGAAGAAUGGCAAUGGUUAUGCGAAGAAAAGGAUGAAUAACCGAACAAGUAUGGCUCAAAGAGAUGAUGUUAUAAAGAGGACAGUAUAUGUAUCUGACAUUGAUCAUCAGGUCACUGAAGAGCAGCUUGCUGGACUCUUUCUCAACUGUGGCCAGGUUGUUGACUGUCGAAUAUGUGGUGACCCCAACUCAGUGCUUCGCUUUGCUUUUGUUGAAUUUACUGAUGAAGAAGGAGCAAGGAAUGCUUUGAAUCUAGCAGGAACUAUGCUUGGAUUCUAUCCAGUGAGGGUGCUUCCCUCUAAAACUGCUAUUGCCCCCGUUAAUCCAACAUUUCUGCCACAGUCUGAAGAUGAAAGGGAGAUGUGUGCAAGAACUAUAUAUUGUACAAACAUUGAUAAGAAGGUUACUCAAGCAGAUGUCAAACUCUUUUUUGAAACCAUUUGUGGAGAGGUUCACCGUUUGCGGUUGCUUGGUGACUAUCAGCAUUCAACACGCAUAGCAUUUGUUGAGUUUGUCAUGGCUGAGAGUGCGAUUGCUGCAUUGAACUGCAGUGGUGUUAUCUUGGGAUCACUUCCGAUAAGGGUAAGUCCAUCAAAGACUCCUGUUCGACCCCGUGCUCCACGCUCUGCUGUGCUUCACUGAUCUAUCCUCUGCCACCGCUUUAAAGCUGGUCUUGUUCGUAUUCUAUUCUAUACACAGAUGAUACAAAUACCUCCUCCAUAGCGCUGUGCUUAGCCGAAUCUAUGAAUUAGGGUUUUGGUGUCGUCCCGUCAUGGUUAGGUAUCUGCAACCAACGCUUUCUUUUGUAGCUGUGUUUAGAUGUUGUAGAGAGUUGGAUGGUGUAUUAUGAGGCUUAAUUUGUGGUAAUUUGUGCUUGCCUGCCAAGUAUGUUCAAUUCUGUAGGCUGUGCCUCAAAACUACUACUCAUGUUUCUAUUGUUUAUACAUUGCUUAAGUCUUCUUCCCUAAUGCUUCUGUGGAUAUGAUUUUGUUC